AUGAAUAUGCCCUGUCUCCGUCCCUCUGCUUUGUGCCUUCCUUUGCUUUGCUUUGUGCUUCGCGGCUAUAAGACACGCCGGCCCAAGAACGCAUGCAACACCACUCUGCAUCUUUCUUCCUCCUUGUCUUCGUAUCAAUCUCCAGCUAAGGCUCCGAUGAAGGACCGCGCCGGCUUCCACUUCUCCAUCGGCUGCAUGUCGCAGUCCGCCGUCGCCGUCGCCGACCCGCUCCGCAAGAAGCCACCAGCACCGGCGCCGCAGCAGCAGGCCGAUAACCCCUCCUCCUCCUCCAUCACCACACAGGACAGAGCACCCCGAGAGGAAGGGACCGGCGGUGAUGAGAAGGCAAAAGAAGGGAUCGUCGCAGCAGGGGUGCAGCGGCUGCUCAAGGGGAUCAAGACCUUCUUCGCGGCGUACGACGGCGAGGAAGAAGAAGAGGAGGAGGAGCGGGAGAUCGUGAUCGGGUACCCCACGGACGUGCAGCACGUCGGGCACAUCGGCUGGGACGGUCUCAACAAGGUGGGCGGCAUGGGCAUGGUCGGCGCCUUCUCUGUGCCCUCCUCCCUCCCUCUCCGCCAGCUCGAGAUCGCCAUGGACCCCGGCGCCGCAACCACCACCUGCACCAAUUGA